AUGAAAAAUUUUCAGAUAGGGACGAACCAAAGACAGUAUCUUAAAGCUAUUGGCCAUUUGCACUCCUUGAGCAGCACAACUUUUACUACUUCCUAGGGUUAGAUUUCUAUAGAAAAUCAUUUGUAAAAUUUGAAACUUUUGGGAUGAGCACUUUCCUCUCCAAAGUCUCUACACACAAACACAUUGGGAGGUCUGAAUAUUUGAAAUUGGGUAUUUGUCCUUGUAAAACAGCCUAGUAUAAAUUUCUCCUGGGUCCACACAUGGGAAGAAAAUUCAAUACACAAUCAAUUGUAUCAAUAGGAUAGAAUAGAAUAGCCUUUUCAGUUACCAGAAAACGUCCUCAUUUCCGACUCUAUAAGUCAAAGAGGAACACUCUCCAAGUCAGUCCCUUGUUUCCAAUGUUACAGCACAAAUAAAGUAUCAAGCGACAAAGGAAGAGUUCAGAUUAUGGUGCUUCACCAUGGGGUCCAGAUCGAGUAUUCAACAGUGGCCGGAGAGCUUUCACUACAAUGCUCAUGUUUGGGCGGAAGUCAAGGCAGCAAUUGCAGCCAUCUGCUUCAAGGAAUCACAGUUAACAAUGAGAGCAACAACAAUGAUAAAAAUAGCCUCAACUUCUUACGUGUUAUACACAUGUCAGGGAAAAAUUGUCCAAUCAUCCAAAAAUCAAAUAAAUGCCACAUAUUGGGUUUAUUUUCGAGAUCGUCCAUCCUCUCUUGGAGAUCUAGACAUCGGCGACGAGCAAAUCGCGUCCAACAGGCUUCCCUCGCACUCCGUGACUACAAAAGAGUCUGGCGACAGAGUUGCAGAUUGUUUGUUCGCCUAAUUGAUGGGUACAAAUGAUGCAUUUGUGGAUCUUACAAUAACCAUAAUGUAAGAAUGUUAGUUUAUUUAUUAUUUGUAAUCACUCAAUUGUGUCACUAUAGAAUACUAUAGGUAUGGAGUUACAAGCUAUGAAUUGCUUGAGAAAAUGAAGUAUAUAUUCACAAAUUAUACAAUUGGUAAUAUAUAUGAUGUCUGUUGCCAAAUUCUCCCUGC